AUGGAGUUGUACUGCCUGGAGUCAAACACCAUCCUGAAAGCACAGCCUGACCUAAACAUCCUCAAUGACGACCGAGUGUUUCAGAGUUUGUUAACUCUUGAGGAAAGGUUUUUACCUCAGAGUUCUUAUUUCCAGCGGGUUCAGAAGGACAUACAGCCAAUUAUGAGGCGAAUGGUGGCUAGCUGGAUGCACGAGGUAUGUGAAGAGGAGAAGAGUAAUGAAGAUGUGUUUCCCUUGGCCAUAAAUUACCUGGAUAGGUAUUUAACUGUAAUGCCAAUCCGAAAGUGCUACUUGCAGCUUUUAGGUGCUGUCUGUAUGUUUCUGGCCUCCAAGAUUAAGGACAGCAGGCCACUCUCUGCAGAAAAACUUUGCAUGUACACAGACCACUCCAUCACGCCGCAGGAAUUGCUGGACUGGGAGCUGGUCGUGUUGGGCAAGUUGAAGUGGAACAUGGCUUCAGUCAUUCCAAAUGAUUUUAUAGAGCACCUCUUACACAGACUGUCCCUCCCCAAAGACAAGGUGGCUCUGGUUCGCAAACAUACCCUGACAUUUAUCACCCUCUGUGCCACUGAUGACUGUCUUGCAAUGCACCCACCUUCAAUGAUUGCCACUGGCAGCAUGGGAGCGGCUGUCUGUGGCCUGCAGCUGGACUACGGUGACUCCAAGCUGAGCCGAGGCAACCUGGCCAACCUCCUAGCCAAGAUCACAAACACUGAAGUGGAUUGUUUGAGGGCUUGCCAAGAGCAGAUAGAGCGUGUUUUGGCCAGCAGCCUGCAGCAGGACCGACAGGAGUCUGGGGUCAGGGCAGGAAACAAGGCGAGAGAGCAGCAGCACCAGGCAAGCACCCCAACAGAUGUACGAGAUGUCAAUUUAUGA